AUGCGGAUCUUGAUGUUGGGUCUUGACAACGCCGGUAAGACCACCAUCUUAUAUAAGCUCAAACUCGGCAAGACUUCACAAACGGUACCAACUGUUGGAUUCAAUGUUGAAACCGUCAAACAGAAAAACGUCUCCUUUGCCGUAUGGGAUUGUGGUGGACAAGAAAGAAUCAGACCUUUAUGGAGACACUAUUUCACCGGAACCGACGCGCUUAUCUAUGUGGUUGAUUCUUCUGACUUGGACAGAUUGGAAGAGAGUAAGAAGGAAUUGUUGAGAGUCAUCAGCGACAAGGAGCUAAGCGAGUGCUUGUUGAUCGUGUUGGCCAACAAGCAAGAUGUGGGCAAUGCCAUUAAGCCCAAGGAGUUGAUUGAAAAAUUCGAAUUGAACCACUUACCAGGAAACCAUGUAUGGUCGGUAAUACCUACAAUAGCCAUCAACGGUACUGGGUUAGUCGAAACAUUGAACUGGAUUUCUAAUAACAGCAAGAAGUAG